AUUGGAUGUGACGAAGCGGAAUCGCAUGUGAAAAUGUGAUGUUAUUUGCUAUGUGAGGACGACGAGCCUGACAUGGAGGCUCUCGAGUUGAGGCUGCGGGAGAGUGAGGUGGACUCCGAGCGGGUACUGGGGGAUCAAGUGGAGGCCAACCGGCUCCUGAGACAACAACUUGACGACCUUCAAACGAGACUGGAUGAGAAAGAGAAGCAACUUUUUGAAGCAAACGAGAUCAUCAGGGCCCUAAGGGAUGAGGUGCAGACACUGCAUCAACAGCUGGAGCACCAGACUCCACAUCAACAGCUGGAACACCAGACUCCACAUCAACAGCUGGAACACCAGACUCCACAUCAACAGCUGGAACAGCAGACCCCACACCAACAGCUGGAACACCAGACUCCACAUCAACAGCUGGAACACCAGACCCCACACCAACAGCUGGAACACCAGACUCCACAUCAACAGCUGGAACACCAGACCCCACACCAACAGCUGGAACACCAGACCCCACAUCAACAGCUGGAACAGCAGAGAAGGCUGAAGCUCACCCAUCCAAGCACAGCCGCCCUCUCAGCACCAAGGAGGAGAGCGCCACAUAGGUCUGUGACCUUCAGAGUUUGUCUCCUCCCUGAUCCUCAUAUUAAUGUGUCCCGUCAAAAGGGGAAGGUUUUCAGGAAAAUCAAGGUGCCGCUGGACUUGUCUGCCAAGGAGUUCCAGGAUGUCAUCAGAGGUGCUUUCCCCAAACUGGGCAACAUCGAUUUCCAAUUUGCCAAGGUAGAUGUCCUCAAAAGAAUUAAAGCACUUCAGGUUUCUCCAGUGACCCCAUCUGUGCUGAAAACCAGCGGAGAGCUCAGGCGCUCAGCCCUGUACAUUCUCCCAAAGAAUGAACGGGAGGCCUGUACAACCCCUAGUGCCCUGGAGUGUGCUCCCGGGCUGACAGAUGUUGGAAAUGGUAACUCCCAUGACACUGUGGAUACAGCAGAUGCUGAUGACCAGACAGAAGACACAGAGAGGUCACCACAAAGGAAACAAAAUAAACAGGAUGUUACAUCACAGAGCCCUCAGCUGAGACUUCCAUUAGAAACCAACAAGGACCAGGACAUUACAUCACAGACCCUACAGACCCCUCAGCUGAGACCUCCAUUAGAAACCAACUGUGCCCUCAAGACUUCGGUGUAUGUGAGCCCAGUAAACCUCCUCCUCAUUUGUACCUCAGAGGACGAUCCAGAAGACCGUACAGUCUCUCUUAGUGAUGUAGCAGAGAGACCAUCCCAACAGGUGCCCUUGCGCAUGGUGUCAGUGAAUCUUGAAGACUGCCGUGGAAUGCUGGGGCCCGAUGGAGUUUAUAAGAUACAAACAGAAAACGAAGACCACAGUGAUGAAGGCAGCUCUGACUACGACCAACACGAUGGUAACGAUGAUGACGAUGGAGACAGUCUUUAUGACCCCAAUACUGAACUCCUGGACUCCUGUUCUGAUGAUGGAGACACCGCUUGUGCACCUGAGGAGCAAAGAAGAGAUGAACAGACAGAACAGACAGAGUCGGAGCAGAAGCUGCAUUCCUGCAGUGAGUGUGACAGGACCUUUCUCAAACUGAACUCCCUGAGGGCUCAUCAGAGAAGACACAAUGAAAAGACGUCCCCUCCUCAAAGUCCCUGUGAGUCUAAAAAACAAGAACAACGGUUACGCCUUGAGCGCAAAGGCCAGAAAGGCGAGAGAAAAACUGACCGUGUCAAGCUUCAUGAGUGCAGGGAUUGUGGAAAGGCAUUUUCGUUCCCAAGCCAGCUUUCUAUUCACCAGAAAGUGCAUAUCAGAAAAAAGCUGUCCGCUACUACCGUGUUGGAAAGCACGGCGUCAUCCAACAGGCCAUUGCCUCGCAAGAAAAGUCUCAAGUGUGCCCAGAAAUCUUGUGAGUGUAAAGAAUGUGGCAAACUGUAUUCAAGCGUUUCGAAUCUCCAUACUCAUCAAAGAAUCCACACAGGAGAAAGGCCUUAUACAUGCACUGUAUGUAACAAGGCUUUUACACAUUUAGGCAACUUCCGUGAACACCAAAGAAGGCAUACACAGAAUAGACCAUAUAAGUGCCCCCAUUGCCCAAAGAGUUUUAUAAUAUCAACUAGAUUAAAAAUACACAUACGGGUUCACAGUGGGGAAAGACCAUACUCCUGCACCAAGUGCACCAAGAGCUUCACCAGCUCGAUUACGCUUAAGUCGCAUCAGAAAUGUCACUCAGAUGAUGAGCCUUUUCUGUGUUUGCAGUGCGGUAGAAGAUUCAAAUGGAGAUGCAACCUCUCCAUUCACAAGUUAAAGCAUACAGGAGAAAAACCUCACCUCUGUCAGUAUUGUGGCAAGACUUUCUCAAGCUCCACUAAACUGGUCGUACAUCAGAGAUGUCACACAGGAGAGAAACCAUAUAAAUGCCCAGAGUGUAAGGACAGUUUUUCUCAACUAUCAGGUCUCAUAAAUCAUAAACUGCGACACACAGGGGAAAAACAUCACCUUUGCUCUGUUUGCGGGAAGGCCUUCGCUCGCCUAGAUGUUCUGAAGACGCACCAAAGAGUUCACACUGGAGAGAAACCUUACCAGUGCACCAUAUGUGAGGCAAAGUUCAGCUACAUACAAAGCCUGCAGUCACACCAGAAGAGAGGGCAUGCUGUCAGCAAAUCUCACAAUUGUUCACAAUGUGGCGACAGCUUUAGAACGGCACAGGAACUCAAAUCACAUGAAUGCCUUCAGGGUGGAAACAGUUGAGCUGGCUCUUGAGCACGAGAAUUUCAUUACUUAAAAUUCCUUUCCUGGUGAAUUCCGUUGACAGUUAACAACUUCAACUUGGAUGUCUUUGGGGAAGGAAGUGGACAUGACUGUAAACAGCCUCCUUUAGUGAACUCUGAGAGGCUGUAAACCAGCAGUAUUUCAAAGGGACAUUUGGGUGGCUAGAAUAGAAUAAAAUAUAUACUUUUUUGAUCCCGUGGGAAAUUCGUUUCUCUGCAUUUAACCCAAUUUAACCGAAUUAGUGAACACACAGCGCACAGUGAACACACAGUGAGGUGAAUCACACAUUAACCCGGAGCAGUGAGCUGCCUGCCCAACCAGCGGCGCUCGGGGAGCAGUGUGCGGUUAGGUGACUUGCUCAAGGGCACUUCAGCCGUGGACUGGUCGGCGAUCGAACCGGCAACCCUCCGGUUACAAGCCUGAAGCCCUAACCAGUAGGCCACGGCUGCCCCACGGCUGACGACACAAAAAGACAUACUCUGGACGUCGGUGUUACAAGGGGCUGUUGGUCAGUAGUGGUGCGAAUCAAAGGGGGGGUUGACCAAAUUGUUCCCUCCGCCAGGUGGUAAUGUUUGGGUUUGGUUCGUCUUUCUGUUUUUUUUCUGUGUGUCUAUGUGCAGUAUUACCUCACAACUAUUGGCUUGAUUUCCACAAAAUGUCUUGGAGCCGAUCUAGCCACACCCCAUAUGUUUACUUAGUGGCCAUUCUGUAGCCAUUGUUGGCUGGUUUGGGGUUUUUUUAGUGUAAAGAUUUGUGGAUGACGUUCAACAGAAGGUGGUUUAAAGGUACACUAUGCAGGUUUAGGUAUUUUUUUGGCGAAUGUAGAGCUCCUUCUAGAGUUGCAAUGUAUUUACAUGUUACUCUGCUAUUGUAAAUAAAUAGUUAACUUCUCACAAUUUAUUCCCCCUGUACACAAUGCAAAUCCUUUUGUUGUGCAGGUGAAGUAUUAACAAAGCUGCAUUACUGGUUUUCUCAGUAGGAACUCGCUAUGUGUACAGUGUAUGCUGUAUGCUAUGCUAUGUGAACGAUUCGCCUAUUAAAAGUUAAUUUACCAAAUUGGCUUUGUAAAGGUGAAAAUCUUGCAUAGUGUACCUUUUUAAGUAUUUUUUUUCUAAAUGAAAUUAUUUGACUUGUUGAGUCAGUGUCAGAGAUCAGAUAACUGAUACUAACAUCCAUUUUGAUACCUCAGCCACAGCACGCCUGUUUCUGCAAGGUUCCAGGCCCAGGCUGGAAUAUGUGCUACACACAACAGAAGUUACAUCUUUUUUAAUUGUGUUUUUUUCCCUGAUGGGUGGGUGUGAUUAACUUAUUACAUUUGUAUGAUGUUAGAGGUUGGAAUGGGACCAGGGUAAGUAUUUCCAUUCAUGAGAGCGUAAUAAAUGAAACUAUCGGGCGGAUUGAAUACCUGCCCAGUCAAUUAUAAUGGCUCCAUGAUCAACAGCCAGACAUUGAUCUACCUUUGAAAAGAAGGUACAAGACUACAAUUAUUACAUUAUUUCCAGUUUAUUAUACAGAGGGUAUAGGCUACAGACACUGAACAAAAAUUUGGAAAUUUGGUCUCAUCUCUAUGCUCGAAAAAGAUGUAGAGAAGCUAGAUCAGGGGUCACCAAACGUUUUUUCUCCGAGGGCCGGUCGUGACUGUGAUGGGGGGCCGGGUUCGGGUCAGCUCAUUGUGUAGUAGAGUAUCCUGGCACAGACAUCGCCACUAUUCACCCUUUGCGCAUGAUGUCAUAAUUGUUCGCGCCACAGCAAUUACAGUCUCUUUAAAGUUCUGUACUACACAGCACCCAGGUCUCAGUUUGUUUUGAUACACACAAAACUCACAUCUGUAUGCUGUUCUGUGUAACUGUUACUGCAGUUUGUCCCGUAGUACAACAUGCUAACAACAUCAAGGCCAUGUGCUCAAUAGACAGAGUACUGAUUAAAAAACGUGUUUAUUCUGCAAGUGAAGUUAAUACUGUACAUGUAGAUUUUGUGCACUUUUGUAUGAAAAGAAAUGUAAUGAGUUUGAGGAUGUAUUUUAAUAAUAAAACAAAAAUAUUGACCUACCCCAGGUUUUCUGAAAGAAAUUAUGCCUAAUGUUAUUUAUUACGUUGUGAAUGCAAAUAUAUUGUUUCCUUACA